AUGUAUUGUCGCCGUAUUUCUGCUCCAUGUGUUUUAUUAUUUCAACGAGUUACAUCUAGAAGUCGAUUCAAUAUCAAGCUUCCACAAGAAAUAAGACGGUUAGAUGUACGAUGCCAAAGCACCGUAACCUUGGAAGAUAGCUAUGUUAAGAAGUUUAUGAAGGCUGUUGGCUGGAUGGACCCUGCUCGUACAAGAUUAAAAUUGACGGGCUACUUCCUCUACGAAUCAGUGCCAGACAAAGUUGUUUACACGGAAUGGUUUGAGCAAUUACAGCUGCCCGACACAUUUGUAUCUUGGUUCGCGGUGACUGAAUUGCAUGUGUGGAUGCUUAUGGUUCGUUAUAUGGCUGAAGAUAUUGCAACGCCAAUCAAAGACAAGAAACAGUACAUCAAAGGCGAUGGCCAUUUUGUUAGAAAUUGUAUCAUAGAAGCACUAUGGGCAGAUGUAGCAAAUAAAAUUAAGCUGCUAGAAGGUGCUAAUCCUGCCAUUGCUAGAAAACAAGUAGCAGAAUUGUCGGAACAAUUUCAAGCUGCUCUAAUAGCUUAUGAUGAAGGUCUGAGUGAUGACAAAGUACUGGCUGCUGCAAUAUGGAGGCGAUUUUACUCAUUAUCUGAAGACACUAAAGCUGAAAAUAUUGAAAGGAUAGUCCAUUACAUAAGACAUCAAUUGUCUCUCUUGGAUAAAAUACCCAGCGAAAAUUUGAAAUUUAGACCAAAUAUUGAUUGGUUAAGCAUACUCAACCACUAG